AUGGUCCCUCAGCUGGCUGGAGUGGAAGCUCUGGGAAACCAGGAGUCUAACGCCAACUGGGCUAAAGAACCUAACCUGAACCUCACCCAGGGUUGCCCUGCCCCCACCACUACCCCUGACCCUGUCCUUACAGAACACACACAGGAUAACCUGUGUCUGACAACCCCCAACACAACCUCCAGGAUCCAAUCAACUGGCCAUGGACAACCGGUUGGCGGCGGGGUGGGGUCCAACACCAAUACACCUUUCUCGACCAAUGGCGAUGGAGGGAAAUCGCCAUCGGAGCAUGUGAUUGGAAUAGAGCAGCAGAUGGUAUUGACAUGCCGAGGAGGUGUGAGUGUAACCGAGGCGACGGCAGAGGGCCGUAGGGACGGCAACGCCAAUUUGACAGCGUUAAUCCCCACAGCCGCCGCCGAGGAGAAGGAGAAGCAUAUCUGUAAGGCCGGCCUGUCGUCCGCCGUUACAUCAUCAAAGGUUGACGUGCAUACAAAUUACUGCAGAGAGAAAGAGCCUGGUGGAGCAGGGGCGGGGGAGGGGUGUGCAGCCAAACCAUCACCAGAGCCCACAGCAGUACAGAGUGCUACAGCCAGAGUUUCUGCAGUAGCUAAAGAGGAGUCACUACUAGCAGGGGACAACAAAAACGCAACCACACCAAAUCAACAUCCCCCUCAGACCUGUGAUCCAAAGCAUACCUCGGCCUCUGAAGUGCUGACGUCUCUGACAACUCCCAAACAAGGUAAGGCAGAGGGAGCUGCAGUGACUACAAACAAGGUUGCUCCGCCUCCUUACAAAUCAAAAGAGGCUGAUAAUAGUGCUACAACACAGAGUCUCUCACAUUUACCUAGCCCCGCCACCGCCACCGCCACCGCCACCGCCACCGCCACCAACCCUACUCCAUCAGAACGUCCUCUACAGGCCUCUAAAGAAAAUACGCCCAAGACAAACUCUCAGAACCCUCCUUCCCAAACGGAAUAUAACAAAACGGCAGCUACAUCGCAGCAGGAACAGACCAAGGAGACUGCAGUAGCUCCUGUCAAUGCUGCCAUCACCAUCACGCCUCCAUCUUCAGACAGCAAGGAAAACGUAGGGCUUAGGAAUAAGGCCUCAAGUCCGGCAUCCCCCGGGAAGAAGGAUUUAAAACCUACUCCAGUAGCAAAGACAGAGAUCUGCUUAGAUAAACACCUGCAGGCGGCAUCGUCAGAGUCUUCAUCACAGAAGGAUUCUCCCUCGUCACCCAACGAGGCCCAACAGAGCCUGAACCAACAGCCUGAGGCCCAACAGAGCCUGAACCAACAGCCUGAGGCCCAACAGGGCCAGAACCAACAGCCUGAGGCCCAACAGGGCCAGAACCAGCAGCCUGCCCACCAUGCAGCACAGGUGACAGAUGAAGCCGUCCAGACUGCCUCGGUCUCGGAGGAGAUGCAACAGAAAGCCCACUGCAAACUAUACCGGGAGGCCUCCACCAUGACCCGCACCCCCACUGCCACCCCCACCCAUAGCAAGCAGGGCCAAGACGUGGAGGUCCAAGCAGUGGCUAACGUGUGCAGCCGGGCGGUCUCCACCAGCCCCAGCCUGUUUCCUCUGCCCCCGCCCUACAGGUCCACUGACAGAGGUGCUGCCCUGAGGGAGGAAGCAGCAGCUGAGAGCCUGUCUGUGGUCUACCAGGUGCCCCUCCACCAGAUUCACAUGGGCAGCAGUCCAUCCUGCCCCCCGCCACCUAACUACACCGCAGGUCUCAGGUCCGGGUCAGAGCGAUUGACCCUGGAGGCAGGGUCAUGCUCCAGUCAGAGUGCCGGGGUGGUGCUCCAUGCAGAGGAGGCGGUGGCGGCCCUCCAUGCAGAGGUCGCCAGGCUGGGGGCCAAGCCUAAAGAUCUGUCAGUCGGGGAGGCAGCAGCGCUAUGCAACAUCCAGCAGAGAGGAGCACUCCCGCCUCUGCAGCCCGUCUACCAGAUCAACAUCGAGCCGUGUGGCGGCCAAAACGAGCCGGUAGCUAAAGCGAAUCAUCACCAGCAUCGAGGCGAGAAGGCAGUGGCAGACUCCCAAUCCAAGCCCAAUGCAGCAGAGAAACCAAAGGUGUCUAAUGAAGCGCAGACCGUGCCAACGCAGCCUGCCAAGCCUCCCUCUGCUAAAGCUCCAUCCCCCUUGUCGCCAACUGCCGCAAGCAAGACCAAAUCCUCCGACAAUAAGGCUGCUCCUCCUCCUUCGCAGUCAACUUCUUCCGUUACCAAGCCCAGCCAGGCCUCAACGACAACCUCCAAAAAAGCAGAGGACACUAAACCCAAGACGGCAGUGAAAGCGGCGAAGGAGAGCAUUGUUAAAGGGGUUGGGGGCGUUAAGGCUUUGUUGGGCAAGAAGAAGCAGGAGCAGCUGGAGCCGGAGAGGAAGGAAAAGGAGGACGAAGACGAGGAGGGGAAACAGAAAGGAGAGAAGAGCGUGCACGAUGUGCUGUGGGACGAGCAGGGGAUGACCUGGGAGGUGUACGGUGCAUCCGUUGACCCCGAGUCCCUUGGCUUUGCCAUCCAGAGCCACCUGCAGUGUAAGAUCAAAGAACAAGAGAAGAAGGUCGUGACCCAGUCAUCACUCAGGAAGUCCAUCUCAGUGCCGCCGGUGGUGCCAGACUCGCCCGCCGCCGUUGCCGUGGACGACGCCAACAGCAGGAAAAACAAGAGGAGACAGCAGAACGUUUUCAGGUCCAUGCUGAAAAAUGUCAGACGGCCCAAGUGCUGCGCGCACCCUCCCCCUACCGCCGUGCUGGAGUGA